AUGGCCGCAAUUGGUGCAGCAGCCGCCGCCGCAGCAGCAGCGGCCGCCCAGCAGCAGCAGCUGGUCAGCCAGCUGUUUGCAGCAAGCACGGUGUAUGCGCUGGCGGUGGCGGCCCUGAUGGUGCUGCUGCCACGCUGGUCAGUCACGCGGCGCCUGGUGCGCUCACCGCUGGUGCUGCUGCCGCUCAUCGCUGUCUACGGCCUGCUGCUGGCGUGGUCCUGGCAGCCUGACACUUUCUCCCUCGUCCUGCCGGGCAGCUUGGCCGAGGGAUUCAAGGGCGGCUUCAACCCUCAGUUCAUGCCCAGCCUGGCCGGCAUCUGCACGCUCUUCUCCCGCUGGCUUACCGCCGCCUCGCUGUGGGUGCACCUGCUGGCUGUCAAUCUGUUUGCCGCUCGGGAGCUUUACAUGGAAGGGCUGGUGGAGGAGGUGCCGACCUGGCACAGCAUCCUGCUGUGCAUGACGCUGGCGCCGCUGGGCCUGCUGAGCCACACUCUGACCAAGGCCGUUGCACGGCGUACCUGA